AUAGCCACUGAUGUGGCUGCCCGAGGAUUGGAUAUUCCUGAUGUUGAAGUAGUGAUAAAUUAUAGUUUUCCUCUCACAACAGAGGAUUAUGUCCACAGAAUAGGCAGGACUGGACGAGCUGGUAAGAAGGGUGUUGCCCACACAUUUUUCAUGAAGGAAAACAAGGGAUUAGCUGGGGAGCUGGUCAAUGUUCUGAGAGAAGCUGGGCAAACCGUUCCUGCUGCCCUUAUAAACUUUGGCACUCAUGUAAAGAAAAAGGAGUCUAAGCUUUAUGGGGCUCAUUUUAAGGAGAUUGCUGCUAAUGCUCCAAAAGCUACAAAAAUAACAUUUGACAGUUCUGAUGAUGAGACUUGACUCUAAAGGUGACCCACAAGUCGAUUGUCUUGGGCCAGCGGCAAACAUGUUUAUUGGAUAUUGUUUACCAAAUUAUGGUAAAUAUAUAUAUUAUUUCCAGUGCAGACGACAUCACCCUUUAUCCUUUGUGGGUUAGUAUAUGCUAACGUGACAAGCAGAGGGGCAAAUGUGAUCUUGAAUAUCGAGCAAGGUGAUUGAGGUUAUGCCCAAUAUUUUGUAGUGUUAAAUUUUGUAUUUGUUCUCUCUCUCUCUCCCUCCCUCACUCUCGCACAGAUUUUCCCAUUAUGAUGGUCAUUUAACAUAUGGGAAACCUCAUAUUCAUUUUACUUUGUAUUUUUGAUGAGGUCUGGGAAUGUGAAGUGUGUCACUAAAUUAUUGAGGUUAAAGUUCAACAGAAUGUUUCUUUUUAGUGGAAUAUAUAAGCAUUGAUUAUUUGAAGUUCAUGUUUUACUAUUGGGUGA